UCACGGUAGACGUAGAUUUUCGACGUUCCAGUGUUCUCACAAUCUUGAAUGAUGGAUGCUAAGACAAAAUUUUUUUUAAUUAUUCUAAUCACAUCAUAUAUCCAGAAUGCCAGAUGUGAUCUCUUUUUGGAAUACAGUGGUAGCACCAGAGCCGAGGUUAGCAUUGGUACCGUUGCAGCGUUUGAAUGUUCCUCGUCAUCACGAAUCUCUGAAGGCAAAUUGCGAACCGGUCGGAUUGAAUGGGGCAGAAACACAAGAUACUCGGUAUCUACUCAAGUCAUUGCACGGUGGACAAAUGAGAAUGGAAUUGAGAUCUUAGUCGAUAACUCCGAUGAACGAUACAAUAUUGAAGGUGGAAUCUUAUCAAAUGGACGUUUCAGACAAUAUCUGACUAUUCGAAAAGUUCAACGGAUUGACCAGACCGAUAGUACUGGGUAUUACUGUGCUUUAUUCAAUUCUUCAGAGAGUAUGUUGGUUAAAUCUGGAUACGCUCCAUUGACUGUCAAAUAUCCUCCUGCAGAACAUUACCCUCUUUGUACCGCGACACCAAAUGACAUCACCAGAGAAGUAAUGCUUGAGUGUGCAUCUGAGAAAACUACUCCAGAUGUAACUGUACAAUGGUAUAAGGACGGUGAGAAGGUGUCAGAUGCCCAUCCAAGUGGUUACAAAAUGAAAUCGACCUAUGAGGCCCGUGAAGAUGAAUUACACGGCGAAUUCGAAUGCCGACUAUAUUACGAAGACGGAGCUGAUGUUGAGGUUCGUCGAUCCUGUACAUUCAGUAAACCUCGAGUGGCUAUUUUAAGGAUGGGAGGGGAAACUCUAAAUGCAGAAAGUAUAUAUCAUGCAUUUUCUGUAUCUAAUCCACCUCUCACAUCCGACAUCAAUUGCACACUGGAAGCAUCUUCAGACACUUCUCAACGUUUCGAUAAAGAGUUUCCUGGUUAUGGGGUGGCAGCCGUUGGACCUGUAGCUCCAACCGAUAAUGGUAGCACACUGGUGUGUCAGGCCAAAAAUGUUUUCGGAACUGAAGAUGCCAGGAUGAGAGUAUACAGUCCAAGCGAUAACCAGGAUGGAGAAACUACUAUCCCGUCCGUUGUAACCAGUUAUAUGCCAGGCGGUCAAGUUCUCCAAGCCACAAUUUGGCCCAAAGUACUAGAAAUAAUUCCUGGAGAGAACGCGACGUUUGUGUGUAGCUACAGCCUUACCAUCCACUCGCAUGUUACGGCACAAGUAGAGAUCAAAUGGGAACAUGACGGCACCAUUACUACUGAGACAGAAGAGAAUGUCCUUUUCAUAACCAAUGCAGAGUAUGAAGAUUUCAAAGAGACAUUGAUAACUUGCGUUGCUUCUGUAAUUACCGAUGACCCAAUGAUCAAUACGGUUCCUGAACGUAGUUCUGCAACAGUUCGAGUCGGCAAAGCGAGUCCUUGCGACCCCAAACUAUUAUCUUCAAGUUCGAGGCAAGGACAGUCCCAGACCAAUAUGAAAUCAUAUUAUAUCGCCGGCAUAAUCGUUUUGGCCGGAUUAGUUUUCAUAUUGAUAAUCGCUUUAAUGUUUGUGGUGGUUAGAAAACAGAAACAUCAGAAGAAACCUCGCUCUGACUCUGAACAAUCUUCCAGCUCUCAAGUCACCUACCGUGCUGAUUCUGCCUCUGCAGAAGAAAGACCUGACAAUAGAAUCGUCCGUCAAGCAUCCAUCCAGCGAGCAUUACCGGCCGAACCAAAUGAACCCGCACCAACCACGACACUCCGAUCCGUUGUGACAUCACCUUCUCCAGCCACUUUGACAUUAAUCAAUGAUCCUGACAGACACAUGCUGGAAUCCAUCUCCAGUUGCAACACCUUUAAUACAACCACUACGGAUCUUCCAUACCAGGAGAUGGUGGGCGAUACUGGCAUCAGCAAGAGCCGCCACGGAAGUGUCUCGAGCAACGUCAAUUUCCAACGCCACGUCCCUCUUGUCCGCAGUCUCUCCAUUCCUGCAUCGAUGAUCCCUGUUCCAAAUGGAGGCUUCUUGCCUUCAAUUGCUGGUGACCAUCCUGGUAUCCAACGUACGGUGAGCGAAGGUGCUGAUGACGACCCUUACGAAGAUCCCGAUGCUAUUCGAGAGCGUCGUCGGACGAACCGAGCUCCGAACAACGAUUACCAGUCGACAACCAGUGGCUUAACGAUAAUGUCCAUGGCAAUUCAGAAUAAGAAACUAGCGUCCCAGUAUGUCAACUCAUCGCUUACGGAUGAUUCUGUUUUCCUUGUUUGAGAGAGUGACGACUUCAACAUUCAUCUUUUUUUCACCUCGUUAAAAUACCAUGAUUAUCGGAGAUUUCUUACAUUCCAGGAGGAUAUCAAUAGCAACGAAGCAUAUACAUUGUGAGAAAUUCUGUUUUCUCGAAAUAUUAUUAUGCUGAUAUUAUUGUUAUGGCAUUAAAUGUGUAAUAGCACCAAAAUUAUCAUUAUCGAAAGUUGAUUUUGCCAGAGCAAUAACAAAGAUGAUGACAGAGGUGGUGACGACAAAGAUGGCGGUGGUUUUGAUAAGGAUGGUGAUCAUAGCAACGAAGAAGAAUCGGAGUGAUGCAUUCAUUAUAAUGACAGUGACGACGACAGUCUUACGAUGACGAAAGUGAUAACGAUAAUGGUGAUGGCGACGACUAUAAUGAUUGUGAGAACUAUAUCAGAAGAAUAAGUAAGAAGAAGUUAAAAUAAUUUUUUGAGGACAGAAUAGACAUCGAAAAAAGACUUUGUUGUAAGUCAUAUUAAUUUCCCUAAACAUGUUUGGGAAUUAAGAUCGUUCUCUAAUCUUUGUGAUUUCUUAUUAAACAUUAUACUAUAAAGGCGAACAUUUUUAGAACUUAAGACCAGUUGUAACUUAUAUAGGCCUACCAGUUAGGUGCUUGUUUCUUCGAACAUGACUAAUUUCUUCUUUCAAAAAUGUAUACUUAUAUGCAUAGUUGUGAAAUAAUGCUAUGUAUGUUCUUCUUGAUGUAAAAGAGUGAGUAAGAGACAGUGCUUACCUCUUCGUAAUAUAAUUUAGUUUACAUAUUUUUAUAUGUAAUGACAAGUUUUAGAGCUGUUUGGAGAAUACAUAUACAUUUUUUUUUAUGUCUAUUAUUUCUUCUUCUAAAGAGAUAUGUUUAAUCAACCACAUAUGCAGGAGACCUUACAAUUCAAACUCAGAUUGAUCUUAUGUUGUGUAUUUAUCCGAUAUAUCAAAAUAUGAUCGAUCGCGAUUUCAAUUUCAGUUUGAUUCAAAUUUAUCUCAAAUCUUAGACGAGUCCUUGAGGUCAAUGCUAGGAUUGGGUCAGAUUUGACUUUAUUGCAACUCUUAGACGGGUCCCUGAAACAGUUCGAUUCGAAUUCAGAGCAGCUCUUAAAUCAUCAGCCUGGUCUCUGAUCUUCAGAGUAGGUGGAUGCAUCGAUGAGAGAAAUAGUUAAAGGGAUGGUCCAGGCUGGAGAUAUUUCUAUCUCAAUAAAUAGAGUAAAAUUCACACAGCAAAAUGCUGAAAAUUUCAUCAAAAUCGGAUAACAAAGUUAUUGAAUUUUAAAAAUUUGCAUUAUUCCGGUGUAACAGUUCUAGUCAUGUCUUUUUGAAUAUUCAUUAGGUGGGCUGAUGAUGUCAUAUCCCAACUUGUUCUUUUGUAUUUUAUUAUAUGAAAUAAGGUUUAUUCAACACUUUUCUACCAAGAACUUAAACAAUUUGAUUAGGUACAUUAGUUAUUUAUUGCCGCAACCUAUUUCAUCAUAACGGAGACACACCAUUUACACAUUUAUGAAAAAAUGAAACAAAAUAUUGAUAAACUUUAAAGUUCAAUAACUUUGUUAUUUGUUAUCUGAUUUUGAUGAAAUUUUCAGCAUUUUGCUCUGUGAAAUUUACCGUAUUUAUUUAAAUAUAAAUAUUUUCAGCCCGGACGUACCAUGCCUUUAAAGACAGAAACCAAUAAUCAUUAUCAUUAAUGCAUUUCCGCGACUGCUAUUAGGGGCGCUGUUAAGAUCCAUUGUAGAUAGAAGUUUCAUUCGGUGAAGGACUAUAAUAAGGUGUGAAUUAUACUAUUAGUAAUGGAAGAAUAAUCACCGCAAAGCUCUUCGUGCAGUUUUGAUAACCAAACUAUACUGGUACUUUAUUUCAACAGUAAAAUAAUUGAUGUUUAAACAAUAAUCAGUUAAUUUCUGCAGUAACGAAUGAAGAACUUAAAUAAUAAAUCAAAAAUAUAUUAUUUUAUAAUAUUUCAUUGUGAAUUUCAGUGAUGGCAGGGCAAAACAAAUGGGAUCUCUCAUAUCGGUUUCAAUCACUUGUUCUCACACCUAGAAUGUUAUAUAUAGGCUUACAUUACCGUACUAAUUACGGAAUAUUUUUUUUCAGGUGAUGACUAUCAUGGUGCCGAAGGGGGAUUACGAAUUAAUAGCCUGAUACAUUUGUUCAGUAAUUGUGUGUCGAUUUUCUUUCAUUUAUUGAAUUAAAAAGGUAAAAUGUAGGGGGUAUAGAAUAUUUUAAAAGGUUCGUUCUAUAAUAUGAAUUUACCUUUUUUAUGUUUGUAGAGGGGGCAAUACAGAAAUAAAAUAAUGAAAAAAGUAUAUAUUUUAGAUAUUAAUAAAAUGUCAGAAAUUAUUUAAUUUAGAAGGUUACAGAAUAGUUCAAUUUGAAUUAAUCUAGAUAUUUUAAGAACUAGUGGUCACACUUCCUCUGUCUUGCAUUUAGAUAGUGUGACUGUUGACAUAUUUCAGCACUCACAAUCGACAAAAGAGGAAUGUUUACAUAUUAUAUGAAUAUUGAACGGCAACAAUAAAUGUACAUACACAAUGUUGAAUGUUUGUUGGACAAGACACAGACCAAUGUGAAUAUUAUAAUAAAUUUAGAAUGAUGUGUUUACUCUUUAUAUUAUUCUCAUAUCAUUAAUAGAGCACUUUGCUGUUACAACGUGCUUUAAUUAUUUUCACUCUAUUAAUUCAACGAUUAAUAUAAAGGUUUUUUUAAUUUCAUUUUAAAAAAAAUGAAGAUUGAAAUAUGCACUUAAAGAUCGUGUUGCGAAAUCGUAGGUCUUCUAUCAAGCAAUUAAUGUUUGUUAAAAUGAAAAGUAUGAUAAUAAUAAUUAUAAUAAUACUCGGUUCUUUUAUAGCGCAUCACACAUAGCAGAUUGCAUGUCUGUAUGCACUAAAAGUAUAGGACAAGCAAAAAGUGAAAAAAUAAGGAACAUGUACAUACAAUUCAAUUCACUGGAAAAUGAUAAUAAGUGUUAAAAAGGUAUCUCUUAAGAGAAACUUCGAAUUUAUCUAAGUUAUUUUGGCAUUUCAUGGAAUCAGGAAGUACAUUCCACAGUAGCGGAGGUGUGUGAAAAGGAACGUUCACCGUAUGAUUGUGCCUAUGUUGAGAUGGAAGGAAGAAAGAUAUGACAUCCGUGCACAUAGAAUGUCUAAUCAAUUGUUUGUAUUAAAAAAAUAGUUACACUUUA